AUGCCCAGACAAUAUCAAGUUGAACUCCUGAUCCUCAGUCAUUCAAGAUCUCUUAACAACACCUCAGUCCUCUAUCUACACAGCAUUAGAUUGGGAGUACAUACAUAA